AUGGUACUUACUACGAAGGAUUGCGACUAUCUCGUCAUCGGCGGCGGUUCUGGAGGCCUGGCAAGCGCUCGACGAGCAUCGAAGUUGUACGGUGCGAAGACCAUCAUCGUGGAGGCCAAACGACUCGGAGGAACCUGUGUCAACGUCGGCUGCGUUCCCAAGAAAGUUACGUGGCAUGCGGCCAGCAUCCGAGAGACGCUGAAAGAUGCAAAGAACUAUGGCUUCUCAUUAGAGGAGACGAAGUCGUUCGAUUGGCAGUCUUUUGUUGCAAAGCGUUCAGCUCUGGUCAAGAGGCUCAACACAAUCCACGAAGAGCAUCUCAAAGAGGACGAGGUGGAGUAUCUACAUGGGGUAGCUUCAUUCAAGGAUUCUCAAACCGUCGAGGUCACUUUGGAAGGCAGCUUGACUCGGGUACUCGUGAAGGCAAAGCAUAUCCUCAUAGCGGUUGGCGGACGUCCAAGCAUCCCUGGCGACGUUGAAGGCUCGGAGCUAGGAAUCACCUCUGACGGAUUCUUCGAACUUGAAAGACAGCCUCGAAAAGUGGCUAUUGUUGGGGCAGGCUACAUUGCAGUCGAAUUGGCGGGCAUGUUCAAUGCGCUUGGUACCGAGACUCACAUGUUCAUUCGCCAUGAUCGAUUUCUUCGCACUUUCGAUCCAAUGAUACAAGAACAGCUUAUGGCGGAGUACCAGCGACAUGGUAUAGUCGUCCAUAAGCAGUCUUCCCAAGCGAAGGUCGAAGAUAUUGGCAGCGGGUGGAAACGACUGCAUUACAAGGACCAAGAUGGCGAGGCUGCCGACGAUUUUGACUGCAUCCUAUGGGCGAUUGGCCGCACCACUGAAUUAGGUCGUUUGAGCCUAGAUGUAACGAACGUUAAGCUGGACGGCAAAUCUCGAAUCAAGACCGAUAAGUAUCAGAACACGAAUAUCGAGCACAUCAAAGCCAUAGGUGAUGGGUGUGACCGCGGCUUCGAGCUCACACCUGUAGCCAUUGCUGCUGGUCGACGCCUUGCAGAUCGUCUAUUCGGAGGAGAUGCCCAAAUCGACGCUCAUCUCGAGUACGACAGCAUUCCAUCCGUCGUUUUCUCACAUCCUGAGAUAGGCAGCAUCGGAUUGACCGAGCCAGCGGCACGAAAGCAAUACGGCGAUUCCAACAUCAAGGUCUACAACACAAAGUUCAACAGCUUGUACUACUCCGUCUUUGACGAUCGCGAGGACGCGGUCCCGUGCUCGUACAAGCUGAUAUGUGCUGGGCAAGAUCAGAAGGUCGUUGGUCUGCACAUCAUUGGACCUGGAUCUAGUGAGAUGCUCCAAGGGUUUGGUGUUGCUAUCAAAAUGGGUGCUACCAAAGCGGACUUUGAUCGCUGUGUUGCUAUACAUCCUACCAAUGCGGAGGAACUGGUCACGCUGAAGUAG